UGCGCACUCCAGCAGACGCAAACUUUGGCUGAUGAAGACACGAAAACAAGCAACAAGGAUCGAUUACUGAACAUUCGGUCUGAGAGAUGGCCUCUUGCUCUGAGUCUUGUGGGUCCGGUCACGCCGUCGACUCCGGCUGUCGUGUUUUCGGAGUGCGCUCCUAUUUACAUCACUUCUACGAGGAGUGCACAGCCUCAAUGAGGGAGCAGCAGGAGGACUUUCAGGGCCAGAGAUCAGCGCUGCGGUGGAGCUCUAGCUUCUGGAAGGUCUCAUUUGCCGUUGGAGUCGUGCUCCUGUCAGUGGGGCUGGUGGUCAUGACAGUGGGCUAUUCCAUCCCCACUCGCAUUGAGGCUUUCGGUGAGGGCGAACUGCUGUUCGUGGACCGGCAGGCCAUGCAUCACAAUCGCUCACUUCACAUAUGUGUGCUGGUCGGGACGGGGCUUCUCAGUCUGGGUGGGGUUCUGAUGGCAGGUGGAAUCCUGAUGUCUAACUUCUCCACAACUCCCACAAAACAGGAAGACUCAAGAGGAGAACGGAAGGGGGGAACCAGAGUCCCGAGUGCAAUAAGAAGCCCAGCAGACCCUGUAAUGAAGCCUCCCAGCCCGGUCUCUAGUGACGGAGGAGUAUCUCCUCUCGCUAGGGAUGAUAAAGUUCAGCAGUGCUCGUAAAAGAGCUGUGUGACAAUGCCUGUUCAAGAGUGCUGUUGAAGCAGUCAACAAAAGCUCCUUGUUUAUUUCAAUGAGAAAUUGGGGAGUGUCUUAUUUGUGUUUGACAAUUAUGUGCUAAGAGAAUCUGUUGUCCAGCACUUGUAUAAUUAUCAUCAAAAUAAUUUUUGUAUUUUUGUAUGUUACAGUAUUGAUCAAAUGAAGAGCCACUAAGUGGUUGCAAGGCAGCAAAAGAACGUUUUGAAUAGUUUGGGGUCAGU